AUGACCGCCCCAAAACCGCAUAUCGCCCAAACGCUCCUCUCCCGCGCACACUCCCCCGACACAGCAUCCCAACUCUUCAAAGAACGCAUAAAACAGAAACCCCUCUACCUACGCCCAACAUCACCCACACCCGAAGACAACCGCGACCGACGCCGUCGCCACCGUCUCCAGAAGAAAGCCUACUUCCUCCGCAAACAGAAGCCGCGGCCCUUGUCUGCGCGCGAGAAGCGCGUCUCUGGGAUCUACGACCUGCCGAAGGAGGAGUGCAAGCAUGCGAUUUUCAAGGGGCUGCAUGCCAUGUGGGUGGAGUAUAUGCGGGACGUGUUGGAUAUUGGGGGGCGCAAGGCGGAGGAGGUUAAUGUGACGGCUUUGUCGCAUGGGAGUAAACUGGUUAGUGCUGAUUUCCAUGGGGCGGAGGUGGAGGUUGUUAGGAGUCGGUGUGCGGGGAGGGUUGGGGUUAGGGGGAUUGUGGUUCGGGAUACGAAGUUUACUUUUGUGGUUGUUACUGAAGGGGAUGAGGUUAAGACUUUGCCGAAGGAGCAGACGAUUUUUCGAUUUCGGGUGCCGCUAUCUACGCCUCGUCAGGAUGAGAUGGAUGUGACGGAGGACGCGGGUGCAAAUGCCGGCUCCAGUGCUAGGAAGGAGCUUACUUUCGAGCUUCAUGGGAGUCAGUUCCUGAAUCGGCCGGUUGAUCGUGCAAACAAGAAGUUCAAGUGGCGCAAUGUGGACUAUCUUUGA